ACCGUGGUAAUUUUCGAAACAUUGCUUUUUUCUUUACAUAUCCCUAUAUUAAGACAGAUAGGGAGGUUCUAUUUACUUCUGAAUGUUCUUUACAGCUAGUUUACCAAUAUUUUGCUGAGGGAGCGAUAACUGUCGACAUCAUAACGUGGUUUUUGCGCUUGAAAUCGAUUGUCGGAUUGAGGAGGGUGGGACUCGGGGAUCACCCUCAGCCUAGCCUGAAUAUCAGCACCACAUUUCCCGCUAGAAGCCUUGGUUCGUGGUAGAAUUUUCUUGAAAUGUCAUCAUGAUCUUCCCUGGUAAUUUCGCUAACGUUAAUUCUAGUUUAACAAUCCUUUUAGUUUUACACCAGGCGGGGGAAGCCACUGACUGGUCUGCUGGCCAUCGACAAGGCUCGGGGUCUGUCAAGUCGCUGCCGAGCUACGAAUAUAUUCUAAAGCUGGUUUCCGCUCCAUUGCCAAGGCACAGGGUUUUGUUACGUCGCUGCCGAGCUAAGAAUAUACUCGAAAGCUGGUUCCCGCUGCAUCGCAAAGGCACGGGGUUUCUUCACGUCGCUGCUGAGCUAAGAAUAUACUCGAAAGCUGGUUCCCGCUCCAUCGCCAAGGCACGGGGUCUGUCAAGUCACUGCUGUGCUACACAUAUACUCGAAACCUGGUUCCUGCUCCAUCGCCAAGGCACAGGGUUUCUUCAAGUCUGCUGAGCUAAGAAUAUACUCGAAAGCUGGUUCCCGCUCCAUUGCCAAGGCAUGGGGUUUCCUCACGUCGCUGCCGAGCUGAGAAUAUACUCUAAAGCUGGUUCCCGCUCCAUUGCCGAGGCACGGGGUUUCGUCAUGUCGCUGCCGAGCUAAGAAUAUACUCAAAUUCAAAAGCUCAUUCCUGCUCCAUUGCCAAGGCACGGGUUCCGUCACAAUUGCCAAGGCAUGAGCAUACCAAUGAUGUGGGAGACGCUGGUUGCAGUGGCAGCAGUUUGCGUUGCUGCUUACUACUGGUGGUCUGCUAGCCCAGGUCAAGAAUCCAGGAGGACAAGACAAGCCAAUGGCCCCUCUGGUAGUUUCCUGACUAAUUUCAACUUCAAGAACUGGAACAUCAUCUCCCUUUUGAACAGAUCAUCUGAGGCUAAAUUUGUCUCUCCUCCAAGGAGACUUUCUGUGUCCAUGCAGGCUUCUUCUGCCUCUCCGGCAUUCAAUCCCCGAUUAGGACAAAGGCUGAGCACCCCAGGGCCAAGUGCUAGCCUUCUAAAGAACACAAGUUUUACGGCAUUGCUGAAUCGUACGGCCGAUGCAAGGAUGCAUUCGUUUGAGAGACGGAGCGGCUCCAUGACCCCGCAAUCUCCGGCCUGGGCGUCGCCACGAAACAAAAUUAAUCCAUUCCUUAGAUCGCCUGAUUUCUCCGGGCCAGUGAUAUAUCAGAGCCCUCCUGCCACGCCACCUAUUGGCCGAUGUUAUCCUACUCGUGUCGGUGAACCGUCGCCAACCAGAGAACCUACGAAAUUUGUCCUGAAUACGGAGAGCACGAGAAAUACAGGGAGUCCUUGUACACAGAGGAUCACUGUGUCUAGUCCUCCCAGCUGUCUGCGACGACCUCCCUUAGGACAGCCAGUGACUAGAAAGACACCUCCAGAAGAGCCAAAACGUUCAGGAAAAAGAGCGAGGGAGGUAGACCCAAAUCCCGUGGAAAAUAGUCCCAGAAGAGAAAAGGCUUUGAAGACAACAGAUGAAAGGGUCCAAAGAAUGUCAUUGAAAAGGCCACCACUUCGGGAGGAGACGCAAGCUAUGAAUGUGUUAAAACCGAAUAAGCGGGUACGCGGUCUCAAUAGUAUCGAAGCAUCCUUAACCUCAAGCAAACGAGCAAGGGACCGUGUUACUAGCCCUGAAGAUAGGACACCCACGGAGAAAAGGUCAAGGAAAGAAACUCUGAGCAAUGUUGUAAAAAUUCUUGAAGCGUCUAUUGUGGAGAAUGCAAUGGAAUUGAGCAAGAAAACGCCAGACCAGAUCAUGGGUCUGACAGCCGAGCACAAGCCACCGGACAUUGAUAGCCCUCGUGGUCGUAGUGGUUCAGUUCCUCGCGGGACACCCAAGCGAUUAGUGACCAGCAUGAUGAAGGAGAAGGAUAGUCCAGGUUUACAGCAGACAACACCCAAGCGAGUGAGGAAACAAUCUGUGGCAAAAACAUCACCUUCAUCGAGUCCAGAAAUGCCAGAGUGGAUGAAGGAUAAAAAGUCAGACGAAUACAAAGCCGAACUGCAGCGACAUCUCCGAAAUAAGGAGCGGGACGAGCAGCUGGCCAAAGAGAGGCUGGAGGCGAUGUUACGGGUCAUUGACGGCGAGGAUGAAAAAGAAAGCGCUGUAGAUCCUUCGGCAACUUCAACUACCCAACCAGCCAUGCCACCAGUAAUGCCUGCUCUCACCCGCACCACAUCUGUCUUGACAACAUCGCCAACAACGGGCGUCCAAGGGACAGCGGUGACCCCAACUACAAUUGUAAUCACCACGUCCACAAUCUCUGCCUCGGCAUCGUUCAGGCCUACAUUCCUUACUUCGUCUCCUCAAUUGUCGACAACAGGAACCAAAAUGACAUCUAAAACGUCUCCGAAAGCAUCAGGAUUAUCAUCUGCCCUAAAACAGGUCAAGUCUUUGACAUCUCCGACAAAUACAGCAAAGCCACGGGCAGCUUUGAACUCUUCUCUGUCUACUAGUGCAUCCCCUGCGAUAUUUACCUCACAGACUAGUGCAUCAACAGGGCCUGCUCUGCCCGUGUCUACUCCUGGGAUACCCCAACAGGUGUCCGGAUUUUCAUUUGGUGCAGCCCAGCUGAAUCCCUCAACAACCUCAGUGACGAGCAAUGCCAGUGGUAGUGGGUUCACCAUUCCUGGCCAGCCUUCCUUUCCUGCUGCCCCAUCGAAGCCCGAACCCUCAAGUACAGCAAAUACAACAUCUGCACAAGGAUUACCGCAGGUGUCGGGCUUAACAUUUAGUGCCCAAGCAUCUGCACCAAAUUCAUUGUCGGGUAGAGCUGCAGAACAAAAAUCGGGUUUUGCCUUCAGUACCCAGGCACCUGUAACCACUUCUCAUGCUGCUGAUAAACCGAGUUUUAGACAAGCAUUUGGGCCAUCUCCUACCAAGUCUCAAGUGCCUGCAUCAACUGGACAGACAACAACAACACAGCAGACGUCUGGCUUUUCAUUCAGUGCUGAGCCAUCUUCUGCAGCAGCGCAAACUUUGGCUGGAUUUGGUUUCUCUGCCCAGACUUCAAGUGCGGCACCGGGCCAAGCUCCCAGCAGUGCACAGUCUACCAAGGCUGCAAGUGUGGCAGCACCAGGAGGAUUUAGUUUCAAUGCAACCACUCCGGCUGCAAACCCAGCAUCUUCUGCAUCAACCGCUGCAAAUCUGUUCGGUUCUGCACCUCCUGCAUAUACUCCGAGCUCAACAGGAUUUAGUUUGGGCGGUGCCCCGUCUACAAGUGCUGCAUCAAGUUCAGGGUUCAGUUUUGGAGCGCACGCUCCUACUAGUGCCGUGACGACAGGUGCAAGUCUUGCCUCUUCUCAGACCACCCAAGCAAGUUCAGGGUUUAGUUUCGGUGCACAAGCUACGACUACUGCUGCUAGUUCUGGGUUUAGUUUCGGACAGACGGCGGCAGCCCCUCCAAGUUAUGGACAAGCAACAGCAGCGGCCCCCACUCCAGCCUUUGGAUCAGCCACUUCAUCAACCUCUGCUGCCGCUUUUGGGCAGGCUACCACAUCCGCUGCCACAACAGCCUUUGGUCAGACAGCAGCACCAGCAUUUGGACAGACUACUCCAGCAGUGUCGUCAUCAACAUCAGCGUUUGGUGGUCAGAAGCCAUCAGCUACAGCUUUUGGACAGUCAAGUGCGCCAGUUGCUUCAGUGUUCGGUGCCACGACCAAUCCCACUGCUUUGAACUUAACAACCGGAAGUGCAAGACAAAAGCCAGGAAGCACAACCAUACCAUUUUCCUUGGGAGCAAAAAAGCCUGCAGGAUCAGCCGCCAGCAGCUCUGGGUUUAGUUUCUCAGCCCAGGCAGUAGGAGUCUCCACACCAGCCAAAGCACCUGCAGGCUUUGGCUUCCAAGCACCAACAGCAGCUCCAGCCUCCAACCCAUUCAAUGCCGCACCAGCCAAAAGCUCUGCCAGUUCAGCUGGAUUUACCUUUGGUGCAGCAGCACCAAGCACUGCCUCCAGUUCAGGGUUCAGUUUCGGUGCACAGACUCCUAGUGCAGUUGCUACACCCAAAGCAAGCUCUGGUUUUAACUUUUCUGGUCAAGCUGCUACUACUGCAACUUCAACAGCCAGUUCUGGAUUCAGUUUUGGUGGAACCACACCGGCAGCCCCUGCUUUUGGACAAUCUAAUCCAACUGCCCCGGCAUUUGGACAGGCUGCUGCUCCAGCCUUUGGACAGACUUCAUCGGCCCCUGCAUUCGGACAAAGCACUCCAGCCGCCCCAACAUUUGGUGGAGCGGCCAACAUGACCAAACAAAUGCCUGCUGUUCCUGUCUUUGGUCAGUCGACACCAGCAGCCCCAGCAUUUGGACAGGCAUCCUCUGCCCCGGCCUUUGGACAGUCUACUCCCUCGACACCAGGUUUUGGACAGUCGGCGCCAGCACCUGCGUUCGUUGGUGCCCCCUCCACACCCGUGUUCAACGUGGGAACCGGGAGUGCAGCUCCGAAGCCACGCACUGUCAAAGCCCGGAGAAGGAUGCAACGAAAAUGAUGACGUUUUUAGGGUAUCUUCUUCUUGAACAUUACUGUUAUCACUAUAAGCAGACGACACAUGUGUGCUACUUUCAAACAAUCUCAAUAACUGAUAUCACUAUGAGCAGACAAUCUCAAUUACUGUUAUCACUAUAAGCAGACGACACAUGUGUGCUACUUUCAAACAAUCUCAAUAACUGAUAUCACUAUGAGCAGACGACAAAUGUGUGCUACUUUCAAACAAUCUCAAUAACUGAUAUCACUAUGAGCAGACGACACAUGUGUGCUACUUUCAAACAAUCUCAAUUACUGAUAUAUGAGCCGACGACACAUCUGUGCUACUUUAAAAAAAUCUCAAUAACUGAUAUCACUAUGAGCAGACGACACAUGUGUGCUACUUUCAAACUACCUCAAUAACUGUUAUCGCUAUAAGAAUACGACACAUGGAUACUACUUUUGAACAAUCUCAAUAACUGAUAUAUGAGCAGACGACACGUGUGCUACUUUCAAACAAUCUCAAUAAUGUUCUCACUAUGGGCAGAUGACACGUGUGCUACUUUCAAACAAUCUCAAUAACUGUUAUCACUAUGAGCAGACAACACAUAUGUGUGCUACUUUCAAACAAUCUCAAUAACUGAUAUCGCUAUGAGCAGACGACACAUGUGUACUACUUUCAGACAAUCUAAAUAACUGUUAUCACUAUGAGCAGACAACACAUAUGUGUGCUACUUUCAAACAAUCUCAAUAACUGAUAUCACUAUGAGCAGACGACACAUGUGUACUACUUUCAGACAAUCUAAAUAACUGUUAUCACUAUGAGCAGACAACACAUAUGUGUGCUACUUUCAAACAAUCUCAAUAACUGUUAUCAAUAUAGCAGAUGACACAUGUGUGCUACUUUCAGACAAUCUCAAUUACUGUUAUCACUAUAAGCAAAAGACACAUGUGUGCUACUUUCAAACAAUCUCAAUGGUUUCUUUUCACUUUUGCAAAAUAAUGGUGCUUGUGAAUGCAUUUUUGGUUCAACCUUGCAAAUAUUAUCUUGAAGGAGGACUAGUACGAUGAAGUGAGACUAUAGGCAGGCACCAGGUAGGCACGAUAAAGUUACGAUAAAUUGCCAAUAGGUGUCUCACCUAUCUCACUGUACAUUGAAGCUACUAUGGCUUUGUACUAGGAUAUGCUAAUCACUGAGGCAAACACAUUCAGGCCCCCGAACUGUGGAUGUAGUGUAGCAUGGACAAUUUUUGUGGAUGUCUUGAUUUUGUAGUCCAAGCUGUGAUCUGCAAAAUUAACAAGCGCAAAAUUUCACUUGGUUCAUAUAUUAUUUUGUUGUACCUACAUGUACUAAUCAUGCAUGUUGACCAGUCCUUGAUAUUCUUGAGUUCACCCACAACAUACGAAUUGCUGUAUAUUGUUUUGAAUUAUAAGUCAUUGUCCCAGGUGUCGUACAGAUCUUCAUUGUAUUUUGUGAUUUAAAUGUGUAAGAGAAAUAAUCAUGCUUAUUCUUUAAAAAACUGUGUUGAU